CGAAUCCAAAACCCCAUCUCGCCCCUCCCCUGCGUGGUCGCCGGCCGCCGCCAGCACCUCGUCCCUCCCCUGCGCCCUAGCCCGCCGCCCCCAACACCUCGCCCAUCCCCUGCGUGGUCGCCGGCCGCCCCCACACCGCGCCUCCUCUCCGCCCUAGCCGCGCACCAACACCUCGCCCCGGCGUGCCCUAGCCGGCCGCCCCCAGCACCUCGCCCAUCCCCUGCGUGGUCGCCGGCCGCCCCCACAGCACGCCUCCCCUCCGCCCUAGCCACGCACCAGCACCUCGCCCCGGCGUAUUCGCCGGCCUCCCCACACUGCGCCUCCCCUGCGCACUAGCCGGCCGGCCCCAGCACCUCGCCCAUCCCCUGCGUAUUAGCCGGCCGCCCCCAGCGUGGUCGCCGGCCACCCCCACACCGCGCCUCCCCUCCGCCCUAGCCGCGCACCAGCACCUCGCCCCGGCGUAUUCGCCGGCCUCCCCACACUGCGCCUCCCCUCCACCCUAGCCGCGGACGAGCACCUCGCCCCUUCGCCGGCCUCCCCUCACAGCGCCUCCCCUCUGCCCUAGCCAACCCAGCACGCUCUGCCCCCUCCUCUCACGCGGCUGGUCCGCCACAGAUCCUCCAGGCGACCUUCGUUGCAGUCGACGGCCAAGAAGAAGUGCGAGAAGCGAGGGGAGAAAGGAGGCCGCCGGGGCCGGCGAGUUGCCGUGCAGUGGGUGUGGACGGGUCAGGCUGGGGCGAUUGAGUCCGCCGCCGCCGCCCACGCCCAUUGAAAUCUCCUCCACCGCGGGCACACAACUUACAGAGAGCUGUACACAAAUAAUAUUCAGGUCACUAUCCCAGCUGAGCUUCGGAGUCUCAAGAGCCUUAUUACCUUGGACUUCUAUGACAGCAAUAUAUGCAGGGACAAUACCAAUAGAACUCAGCAAGCUGAGAUCCUUAGUUUUCCUGGUCGCCACCAGUCAAGUCUCCUCCACUGCCUGCUCCAGUGAGCAAUCCCUCUCCACCACUGCCUGCUCUGGGUUACAAAAGUCUAUCUUUCACAUCGGUAAACAUGUUCGAGAAAGGAGAAAGCUCAAAAGGACGAAAGCGUCCUCGUGGUUCUAGUCGCUCUGCUGGCCUCACACCAGAACAAAAAAGACAAGCAAGGCGGGAACGUGAUAAAAAGCGCCGUCAAAGUUUGACACCCGAGGCUAGGGAAGAGAUAAAUGCUCGCAGAAGAGCGCACACGGAAAGUUUAACACUUGAAGAGAGACAGGCUGCUAAUGCCCGCCGAAGGGCGGCUCGGAAAAACUUGCCAAUUGAGGAGAGACAAGAGGCCAAUGCUCGCCUUAGGGCUGCUAGGAAAAACAUAUCACCCGAGGCAAGGCAGGCACUACUAGAUCAUCGUAAGGCAAGCUACGCAGCUAGGCGAGACACUCUGUGCACGGAGUCCAUCGCAAUGCGAUGCCCCGAGCCAUGUGCUCUACAAGUAGACCACCCAUCAUCGAGCACACCAACAUUCAGAGAUAGAAAUGAUGAUGAUAUGGAAUCCCUCCUCAACGGUAUCAGGGGUAUGGACACCAUCCAUGAGGAUGACAUGGAUGAGGAGUACUACAUCUUCAGUGGUGAAGGUGGAAAUGUUAGCGAGGACGUCGACUUUAAUGAAGAAGUCGAUGACUUUGUAGAAGGCUCCAAUGCCCCGGAUCCUUAUGAUAUCGUUUACUCAAACAUACCUAAAAAUACACAUUCCCUAAAACCCGUUGCAAGCUGCAAACACUGUGGUGCAAAAAGGUUUCAGUAUGAGUCAAAGGGUUUCUGUUGUCGGUUGGGGAAAAUCAAGUUGGCAAAUGUAGCACCCAUCCUAGAACUUAUGAGGCUCUGGUCGAGUGAAGAUUCUGAUGCAAGGCAUUUUCGGGAGAGCAUUAGAUUCUUCAAUGGUCACUUUUCUUUCACAACCCUCGGUGUCAGCCUUGAUAAUAACUACACCAACAUGAGGUCAGGGGUGUACACGUUUCGGGCUCAUGGCCAGAUGUACCACAAUGUGCAUUCAUUUGGUCCAAGGGAUUCCGGACCGGACCAUUUGCAGUUGUACUUCUAUGAUGACGACCCCACCUUGCAACAUCGCUUUCGGCAUUCUCCUAGCCUUGACCAAGAGGUCAUUACAAAGUUGGUCAACAUCCUUAGGGACAACCCAUACUCCCAAAUUUUUAGGAGCCUAGGCCAAACCGAGGACCUUGCGGAGUAUAGAAUAUCCUUGAACACUGACCAGAGGUUGGACCAACGAAGGUACAAUGUACCGCUAUCGUCAGAGGUGGCUGCUGUCUGGGUUGAGGGCAAUGACCUUGUUAGGAAGUUCAAACGAAGCGUUAUCUUGUACGGAAAUGACAACACGAAGAGUGGUAUACAACCAUAUUAGGGUUGCUAUGACCCCCUAUCGUACCCCCUCUUCUUCCCGAGGGGAGAGCUUGGUUGGCAUCCUCAGAUCCCAAAGGUUGGUGUCUCCUUAGAUGAGGUGCUCCAGUCUAAUGAAAAUGAAGACAACGACCCAGGUUAACCAUUUGGUGUACUUAUGUGUAGUUUCUUUUUUUUCUCCAUAUUGAAUGUCCACCUAAUUUUGUGCUACCCACUUUAUAGAAAUGAAUAGCCGCCUAUGCGUCUCUGUUAGGGACUACUACUGCUAUAGGUUACAGACACGUCCUAGGAUAUUCAACCCCAUAUUGCAUGGCCAGCGUCUAUUCCAACAGUUCGCUGUUGACAUGUAUAUCAAGGUGGAGGGCACAAGGCUGGACUGGAUCAGGAAUCACCAAAAAGAGAUACGCGCUGACCUAUAUAAAGGCGUCAUGGAUAGCAUCACUGCCGGAGAGAGUCGUGCAAAUGCGGUGGGCAAGAGGACGGUACUGCCUAGAUCAUUCCAAGGGAGCUGUAGGGAUAUGAAGCGGAGGCACAUGGAUGCCAUGGCAUUAGUCCAAAAGUACGGAAAGCCAGAUAUCUUCCUUACAAUGACCUGCAAUCCCAACUGGGAAGAGAUAGUUUGUGCACUAGAACCUGGCCAAACCCCACAAGACCGCCCUGAUCUCAUUGUUAGAGUAUUCAAAGCUAAGUUGAAGGACCUAAAGAAGCAGCUAUUCAAGAAGCACAUCCUCGGCAAGGUAAUUGCGUAUGUGUAUGUAAUUGAGUUCCAAAAGAGAGGCCUCCCACAUGCUCACUUCCUGUUGAUCAUGGAGUCCGGAUACAAGCUCACAACUCCAGAGCAAUAUGAUCGCCUCAUCUCAACUGAGCUUCCAGACAAGCAUAAGUAUCCGGAGCUAUAUGCGAUGGUAAUAAAGCAUAUGAUGCACGGGCCUUGCGGGGUCUUAAACCCCAAGAACGUGUGCAUGCAGGAUGGAUGUUGCAAGAAUCGUACCCACGUCCAUUUAACACGACUACCGUCCAAGGAAAGGACUCGUACCCCAUUUACCGGAGACAUGACGACCAUCAUCGAGCACAAGUCCGAGGGAAAAUUCUAGAUAACAGGUGGGUUGUGCCAUAUAACCCUUACCUCCUGAGGAUGUACAAUUGUCAUAUCAAUGUUGAGGUGUGCUCUAGCAUAAAGGCCGUUAAGUACCUUUACAAGUACAUAUACAAGGGCCACGAUCGGACUUCGGUCUCUCUUGAUGAGCCUGAUAGUAAUGGCGAAAUUGAUGAGAUCAAGAGAUACUUAGAUGCGAGGUGGGUUACACCACCAGAGGCACUAUGGAGGAUUUAUGGCUUCCACCUUAGUGAAAACUUCCCAUCUGUGAAGCAAUUGCAACUUCAUCUCCCAGACAUGCACAUGAUCUCGUUUAACGCGGCCAUGAUCUGAAUGACGUCGUCACUCGUGAGGGUGCAUCCAAGACAAUGCUCACAGAGUAUUUUGAGGCUAACAGGACAAUUACGGAGGCUCGAGGAAUUCUAUACAAGGAUUUCCCAGAAAAGUUUGUAUGGCACGCGACCCUGAAAAUAUGGAAAACGAGGACAAAACAGUUCCAGGUUGGUAGAAUCGUGUCGGCUCAUCCUGCUGAGGGAGAACGGUACUACAUGAGGGUGUUGUUAAACCAUGUGACCGGAUCGACAUCGUUCGAAGACCUGAGGACGGUGGAUGGUGUCCUUUGCCCAAGCUUCCGAGAAGCCGCUGAAAGAAGGGGUCUCGUUGAGGCUGACAACACCCUUGACGAAUGUCUUACAGAGGCUGAGCUAUUCCAGAUGCCAUCCUCGUUGCGUAGGCUCUUUGCAACUAUCUUGGUGUUUUGCGAGGCUAGCGAUGUGCGCGGGCUCUGGGAUAAGCACCUAGGUGCAAUGUUAGAGGACUAUCGACGGAUCCACACAUGCCCACACAUAGUGGAGCAGAAGGUGUUGCUAGACAUCAGGAACAUGCUGCAAUCGAUGGGAAAAGACAUAACGUUGUUCCCUUUGCCCAACAUUGAUGAGUCGCAUGACACUAUCGGUGGCGAGGGUAGAGAGAUCAUUGAGGAGUCCUCAAUCGAGGUAGACAUUGAGCACGCUUCUCUAGCAUCCUCCCUUAACCUCGAGCAAAAAUCCGCCUACGAUGAGAUAUUAUCCGCCAUCGAUAGUGGCAAUGGAGGUGUCUUCUUUGUAGAUGGCCCGGGAGGCACUGGGAAGACUUUUUUAUAUAAAGCAUUACUUGCGAAGGUUCGUAGCGAGGGCAAGAUGGCCGUGGCAACUGCGACAUCGAGAGUUGCAGCGUCUAUCAUGCCUAGAGGCAGGACCGCACACUCAAGGUUUAAGAUCCCGCUCAACAUUGACGAAGGCGCAACAUGUAGCUUUACGAAGCAGAGUGGGACGGCCAAGCUCCUUCGCAUGGCAUCUCUCAUAAUAUGGGACGAGGCCUCCAUGACAAAGCGCCAGGCAGUUGAGGCACUCGACAAUAGCAUGCGGGAUAUAAUGGGCCGACAUGACCUGCCAUUUGGGGGGAAGACCGUUGUGUUUGGCGGGGACUUUAGGCAGGUCCUCCCAGUUGUCCGGAAGGGGACAAGGCCCCAGAUUACCGACGCGACUUUGCGCAUGUCAUACCUAUGGGAAAGCAUGCGACAACUCAAGCUCAUUCGUAACAUGAGGGCACAGAACGAUGAGUGGUUUGCAGAUUUUUUGCUACGUGUCGGGAAUGGCACCGAGGAGACAGACGAGGACAGCAACAUUUGCCUGCCUCAAGAAAUUUGUGUGCCGUGUACUGGGGAAGGACGCUGACCUUGACAAGCUAAUUGAACAUGUCUUUCCUUGUCUAGAUGAGAACCUGACCGACCCGAAUUACAUCACAUCUCAAGCAAUUCUAUCGACCAAGAAUGAAAAUGUCGACAUGAUAAACUUGAGGAUGAUAGAGCGUUUCCAAGGUCAAGAGAUGGUAUAUCACAGCUUCGAUCGGGCAGAGGAUGAUCCCCACAACUACUACCCCUCUGAAUUUCUCAACUCACUCACUCCAAAUGGGCUUCCUCCACAUGUUCUAAAGCUGAAGAUUAACUGUCCAGUUAUACUUCUGCGGAACAUCAACCCUGCUAAUGGACUAUGCAACGGAACAAGGUUGGUUGUUCGGGGGUUUCAAAAAAACGCUAUCGAUGCUGAGAUUGUGCUAGGACAACAUGCUGGAAAGAGGGUGUUCCUCCCUCGUAUACCCUUGUGCCCCUCCGAUGAUGAGAUAUUCCCUUUUCGGUUUAAGAGGAAGCAAUUUCCAAUAAGGCUAAGUUUUGCUAUGACAAUCAACAAGGCACAAGGGCAGACCAUUCCUAAUGUUAGUGUUUACCUGCCUGAUCCUGUUUUCUCCCACGGCCAGUUGUACGUCGCACUGUCUAGAGCCACCGCUAGAAGAAAUAUAAAGAUAUUAGCCAUCUCUAAUUGCGACAGGAAUGUCCGAUCCAAAUCUGGAAAGUCUAGAGGAACAAAAACUCGAAAGAUCCUAGACACCGCUGGAAAUGGCAAAAAGGGCAACGAUUUGCUGUCCAAGUCAGCCAAGUCUCAAGGGACAAUUACGCGAAACAUAGUGUACAGGGAAGUUCUCACAACAUAGACAUUUGAGCCAAUUCUAAAAAGGUUACCAUGUAGAAGGCCACAAGCAGUUGUACAUACUUUUUACUCAUAUAUGUUCAAGGGAGCUCGAUUUUGAUGUACAUUCUCUAUAAUGUGUCAUGUUCUUAACGACCUUUUUUUUAUCCUAUUAAUUGGGAGCUUUCUCAUUCCCUGGCUCAAUAAUCUCUUUAUGGCAGUAAUGAUCGAAUGUGCUAUUAUAUUUCUAUGUGCUUUCAGAUUUUGUAGUGUUUUGGUGGAAUGAGAGAUAUGUACAUAACAAAAGCAUAAUAGAGAUACAUGAACUGAACAAAAGUGACAAAAACAUGUUAUGCUAGCCUUUAAAUUUUGUUGUGUACUUUGCUAUCUUUAGAAGAUUUAGAAGACACAUGAACUGAACUUUACCUUGCAGUUAUUUUCUCCUCUCUCAUCUCUAGAGAAGCUUGUUCAUUCAACUCAUCUUGUAAGUUCCAGUCCGUCAUUUUCUAAAAGUAGAGCAUGGUAUCUGUUUCACAGGAGCAUUCAUGAGGGACACCAAAAUGUGCUAGAGGUCAUCGAACUCUGUACUUCCAAUUAAGGAGUUCCUCUGUUUUGGACUGCGGUUGAUAUUCCAGGAGGAGCUAUGUCCAUUCACUUGUAUAUGUGAAAGAGAAUUACAUAUUCCUGGCUGUUGGAAGAAUGGGGUCAAGUAGUGAGUUGAUUGCCUUCGAGUUGAGUUUGUACAUGAGGCAGUACAGUGAAAGUGACUUCGAUGGAACCAAAAUAUCAAAUCUCUCUCUCUCUCUCUCUCUCCCCUGAUGUUAUAUAAUCCAAGGGUAGAGCACCAAUCACUCAGGAUGAAUCGACCUAGCUAGGCAGUAGUCUGCGGAUGGGAAAGGAGCUCCUGCUAGCUGGAGCACUUUCCUCCUCAGGUGCACAAGCACCACCGAAGUAGAGUGUCUCUCUCCAUUGCACUGCAGCACCAUCACCAAAUAACAGCAUGAAGCGCCAAAGAGUUUGUGCACCACAUAUCCCAACUCUGAAGGAUGUCCAUCACGGCACCAGAUGGAGUUUAUGUCUCCGAGUAUACCACAAGUUUCAUGUUGAGAGAAUUGGACAUGGUAGGAAGAGGGUCAACUUUGUUUUGUUGGAUGCAGAGGGCACAAAGAUGGCUGCCACCAUAUAUGAUGACCAAGUUGAUCGUUUAGAUCCAUUGCUUAAAGAAGGCAUAGCCUAUUAUGUGUCGAUGAUGUCUGUUGAACCAAUUUCAAGUACGCAACGAUGAAUGUUUGCUGAUAAUCCUUAUGAAUGUCGUUUCACUUCCGUCACUCAAGUGUUUGAGAUGAGAAACAUGGGUGAAGGGACAAUCCCUUUCUUUCCUCCCUUCCUUCCAUGUGAUCGGAUUUUCGCAUCCACUCUUUAUAAUGACAUCUAUGUCGAUGUCAUUGGAAUGGUUUUGUAUGUAAGCUCAGUGGCUUUUGCGGAUGGCAUCUAUAAUAGGCGAAUCCCAUUUAGGAAUCUUCUUCUGAUGGAUGACAAGUUUAAUUUUGUGAACGUACGUGUGAAGGACAAAAUGGAAAGUGGCCACACUCGUGCUUGGGCAAGAAGUGCUGAGGAGUGUACAAUUGUUAUUGUUACCAUGCUGAGAGUAAAGCAUGCUGAGCAAUGUCUGCAUACUACUACCUUCAAUAGGGUGCACUUUGGUCCAGAUGUUGAUGUUGCACGUCAGAUGAAAAAGAGGAUCAACAAUGACCUUAGUUGAUCUACUUUAAGUCAGCACAAACAGUGGAAGGAGCCUUUUGUAGCCACCUAUUGAGCCAAGGAUGCUAGAAGAAGUAAGAAGUUGAAGCCUUAGGAGACAAACACAAAACACACCAGCUGUGUGUGCAUCGAUGAAAAUGGACCUUUUGCAACCACCUUUCAAUGUUUACAUGUUUUUAUUUUGUUAUUAUGGCCUCUUAGCACUACUUGUGGCCUAAAUCAUGUUAUGGUUGAUUGGAAAAUGCCGUCGCUGUUAUGGAUGAAAAUGUCGUAAUUCUACUUUAUCACAAGUUAUGUUAUUUUGUGAUCUGAAUAGCUGUGUUCCUUGUGAGUAAGGAUAAGAAUCUUUUGAAACUUUUCGUUGUGAGUCUAAUUGCAAAUGGACAUGAGCUUUA